AUGCCCCUCCUACCAUUGACUAACGGAAGAGCGCCGUCGGGACUUUCAGGAUCCCAUGGAUCAGGACUGAGGCUGCCUACUGUCAUUAGGCGUGUGCUCCGGCCGCCAACGCUCGACUUUGAGACCGCUGUCUGGGAACUCGUAUACCUACUCAUAGCCCCAACAAAAGUCUACAAGUCCCUUUACUAUCACAAGCAGACCAAAAACCGGUGGGCCCGUGACGACCCGUCUUUCGUCCUGCUGCUAUCUGCGCUGCUGGCGGUCUCUGCGCUGGCGUGGGGAUUGGCCUAUUCUCCUGGCGUAUUUGCCAUUUUCCGGCUCGUUGGGUACAUGGUGCUUGUGGACUUUUUCGCUGUAGGUGUUGUCAUUGCCACCGCAGGAUACCUCAUUGCUGGCAAACUUUUGCGCAAAACUGGACACGGACAUUCACAGGGACGUGACGAACUCGAAUGGGCAUACUGCUUUGACGUCCAUUGCAAUGCCUUCCUUGUCAUUUGGGUCUACCUCUACGUCCUCCAGUUCCUGCUACUCCCUCUGCUCACUCGUUCUGCAUGGUUUGCAAUGUUCCUCGGGAACUCCCUGUAUGCCGUUGCGCUAGCCCACUACUGUGUCAUUGCCUUCUAUGGCUACAAUGCAUUGCCGUUUCUGGCCCACACAGAGCUGCUACUGGCACCCGUGCCGGUCAUUGCGGUGCUCUACAUUCUUAGUUUAUUUGGCUUCAACGUCGUCAAGACCAUGGGAUCCAUAUAUUUUGGUAAAUAG